CAAAGCUAAAACACUGGCAAAAAAGACGCUCGCGCCCACACGUGAUCGGCGUCGCAAGACCCGAAGCUCAAUCUCCCCAAAGCAUGAUGAUCCCGUCACUCGCUCGCUCAGGUCCUGGCGGCGGGCGGUGCUGGGACGCUGCGCGCGCAGGAAACUUGCUUGCGUUUUGGUUUGGGCGGGCUCGCUUUAGGUGCAGGUGCAGGCUGGACCUCGCGCAUACAUACUUUGAUGUUAGCGGUGGUUUAUUUUUAUUUGUUUUGUUUUAUAGGAGUAUCGCGCGGCGCAACGGAACCGCUGCUGCUGCUGCUGCUGCUGCUGCUACUGGUGGUCGUCGUUGUCGUCGCGUCGCGGAUAUUGUAGUUAUGGAUCUGGUCGGUCACAGACGCAGCACGCUCAUCCACGGUCACUCGAGAGAACCUUACCUAUGGCCCGCGGGGUGCUAGCGCGCACGCCGGCUGCCCAUCCAUAUCGUUCGCAAUACAAUAGCGACCUCUAGCUGCUUACAUAGUAUGGCUUAGGGAGCUACCCUCGGCACGCUAUGAACCUAGCUAGGCGGCAUGCCGCGCA